UUAACCAGUCAACCAGUAUUAUUAUCUAAAUAUUGCAAGCUAUUUUUUGAUUUGGGGAAGGCUACAAAACAGAUAAAAACAAUUCUGAGGAAAAUCCCAACAGCAGUUGGCAUGAAAGUGCUGAAUUGAAUAUUUUUAUUAGCAGCAAUAGCCAGGUCAACAAUAUGAGAUAUUUCCAGCAGUAGCUUCAUUUCUAAUAUGAGGCAUUCACAGAAAAUUUCCAAUCAUUUUAUUCUAUUUUAGGAAAAAUCAAAGAUUUUCAUAUGGUUAUUGUUAAACAAAGUAUAAAUUUCAAUUCUAUUUUUAUCUCUGGCAGUCAAAGACUAAACAUAGAUAGCAAAAUACAAAAAAAAAACAAUUCUUUUUUUAUUAAAAGUAAAAUACUUAAUGAGUGUGUAUAGAGAAGCAAACUAGCAUAUUCAACAAUAUUUUCAUAAAACUUCAACAUUUUUUUAAGGUUAUUUGUAUUCACAACAAUAUAACCAACUGAUAGCUUUAUUUAUUAAAAAUAAUGAUAAGUGUUAAAAUAAAAUUUCAAAGAAAAUAAUUCAUUUAUUAAGAAUGAGUAUUUUAAGAAUAACUCAUUUUUCAGAAUUAUAUAGUAUUUGAAAAUAUCUACCCUUGUGUAGCAAUCAACACACACGCAGGAGUGCAACUGUCUCCUAAGACUAUAAUAAUUGAAAAUAUAUCUUUUUAAUUUUUAAAUAUCACAAACCCUUGGCUACCAACUUGAAAAAGGAUACAGAAGAAUACAUUUCAACUACUCUGAAAAUUCUCACAAAAAUGAAUAAAACUACAUUGCAUAAUAAAGGCUGGAGUAGGGAUAGAAAGAGAAAUUUAAAAAAAAAAAGAUAGAGAGAGAGAAAUAGCCAUAUACAUGGCAUAAAUUAUUUAUUAAGCCAUACCAUAUUUUGAAGAGUAGUAGACACAGAACCACAUAUAGCAAUGGAGAUUAUGCAGAAGAAAAUGCCUCCAUGCACAAAUACACUGAUAAUAAAGAUAAAUAAAUCCUGCAGAGAAAAUGAGACAAAUAUUUUUACUGAAUUAUAUUAACAAGCAUAUGGAAGAACACUGAAAAGGAAAACUGUACAAGUAGUAGAAGUAGGAAGGAAGCUGACUUUUCAUAGAUAUACUUGAUUAUAAGUAUUGGAGAACUGGAUCAAUUGAAGAGAAGAUUUUACGGCUGACUAUAAACUCCUAACUCACUAUUCACACACAGAGUAGUAACUGUGUGUGUGUGCAUGCAUGCGUGUAUGUGUGUGUGCAUGCCAGUGCAUGUGUGUGUAUGUAUGUGUGAUAGAAAUAAUGUUGGCUUGCCCACUUCCUUGCUUGCUUGAGCCAUGUUCUGCUUUCACUCACUUCAAAGUCAAAGCAGCACUACAGUCGAGGUGCAAGUGUAUCAACGUGUUGUGUAGUAGCAGCGCUAUAUUAGAAUAGCUCCAAUCAUACAUGGCAGAUACCAAAUAUUUAAUCAUGCCUACUCUAAAAGAGGAACUGCUGUUUGCUAAAAACAGCAGUAUUACAGGCAUGGAGGAAACCAUCAUACAGACAAUGUACAAGUAUCUAAAUCCUAUAUUCCUGCUGUGUGGCACAAUUGGAAAUAUUAUGUCAUUAGUGAUGAUGCAUAAAAUGAGUGCUCGAGUCUGGUCUAGCUGUAUUUAUCUCAGUGUUCUGGCUAUCGUUGAUCUACUUAUUCUCUAUCUUGACUGUGGAAACAGGUGGUACAAACAGCUUACUAACAUUGAUCUCAACAUAGUUAUUAUGACAAGCACAGAUGCAAUGUGCCAGGUUUAUCUAUUUUUCUACAAUUUUAUUUUCCAUUUUUCUGCCUGGCUCGUGGUCGCUAUCACAGGAGAAUGUUUAAUCUCUAUAAAGUCUCCAAUUUUUAAAUAUAAAUCAUGCACCAGAGAACAUGCACGUGCUAUCAUUUUAUUUAUAACAGUCAUGCUGAUUGGAAUUAACAUUCAUUAUUUCUGGACCCAUGCACUUGUUAGUAAACAAGGCACCAGCAUCUUACAGAGUAAAGUAUGCAUCAAUGUGGAUGAAUUUUCAGAUGUCUUCAAAGAUCAGAUAUGGCACUACCUUGACAUCUUCAUAAAAGAUGUUAUUCCACUCUUGGUAAUAUGUCUGCUAGUAACCAUGAUUGCUAUGAUUCUGCAUGCAAACAUAAGCAAUGCAAAAGGUAUGGAACCAGUGUUAAAGAAGUACUACAUGGAUAUUGAAUCUUUUCACGAAAUGUGCUAUAUUGUUAUAGUCAUAGCUAUUAUCUACAUUGUAUGUACACUCCCUAAAGUAGGCCUGACAGUAAUUCAUCAUUGUGUUGUUUACGGACUCCUGCCAUAUACACAAAAUCUUGGUGCUAAACUUAAACUAGCUGAUGCAAUUUGUCAAAUGUUCCAGUAUGGAUAUCACAGCCUAAAAUUAUUCAUAUACAUUUAUUUCUGUAAACGUAUCAACAUCUGGACAAAGAAAUCCACAAAAGUUUUCCUCACUCAAACAUGCAGUGGUAACAAGGUCUCCAGAUCCAGUACAUUUUAUUCGCAACAAAGCAUGGAGAGACCUCUCAGUGAGCAACACUACUUCCAAGAAAGUAAGCCCAUUCAAGUUCCUGAUUCAAGUUUUUUUAAAGAAAAGCAAAAGGUCACUUUCUCAAAGCCAAGAGUAUUUACACAGACACAAGUUUGAAUUUAUAUUCUCACUCUCACACACACACACACACACACACACACACACACACUCUCUCUCUCUCGCUCUCUCACAUAGAAUUUGUAAACAUUAAAUUUCUAUUAUAAAUGUUAAAUGUUUAAUGAUACUCAAUAAAUAUUUUCUUUCAUGUUA